CUUGGAUACAGGCAUUUUGAUACAGCAAAGAUUUAUGGUUCAGAACCUGCUCUAGGAGACGCAAUAACAGAUGCAAUUCUUGAUGGAGUGACUGGCAGAGGAGACGUCUUCCUCACAUCCAAACUCUGGAGUAGCGAUCAUCAUGAUCCUGUCUCUGCCAUCAGACAAACUUUAAAGAAAUUGAGGAUGGAAUACGUGGACUUGUACUUGGUGCACUGGCCGGUGAAGUUGAAGACGUGGGUGGAUUAUCCAGUUCCAAGGGAAGAAGACUUUGAAAGACUGGAGCUAGAGGCCACAUGGUCAGGCAUGGAGAGGUGCUUAGACUUGGGAUUGUGCAGGUCUAUUGGCGUCAGCAACUUCUCCAGCAAGAAGGUCCAUCGCCUCCUUGACUAUGCCUCUGUCACUCCUGCUGUCAAUCAAGUGGAGAUGCAUCCAAUGUGGAGACAAACCAAGCUUAGAGAGUUCUGUAGGGACCACAAGAUCCACGUUAGCGCAUAUUCACCCCUUGGUGGGCCAGGCAAUCUAUGGGGAUCAACGGCUGUUGCCUUAAGGUGGGGAUUAUCCAAGGGAGCUAGUGUAAUUGUCAAGAGCUUCAACAGGGACAGGAUCAAGGAGAACAUCGGAGCCCUUAAUCUCACAUUGGACGAACAGGAUUUGAUCAACAUAGAGAAGAUGGAGCAGUGGAAAAUCAUGAGAGGGGAGUUUCUUGUAAAUGAUACUACUAGCCCCUAUAAGAACAUUCAAGGUCUCUGGGAUGAUGAGAUAUAA